GACUGCGGGCACCAAGCCAACUGGCGGAACAGCAGGCUUCGAGUCGUCUGGCAAGACUGCGGGCACCGAGUCGUCUGGCAAGACUGCGGGCACCGAGUCGUCUGGCACGGGCACCGCGGCAACAGCAGGCUUCGGGACCGUCGUCUGGCAAGACUGCGGGCACCGAGUCGUCUGGCAAGACUGCGGGCACCGAGUCGUCUGGCAUUGGCAUUGGAUCGUCUGGCUCGACAGCGGGCAUCGGGUCACCAGGCAUCAGGUCAUUUGGCUCGCCAGCGGGCACCGCGUCAUCUGGCAAGGCAGUGGGCACCGAGUCACCAGGUACGACAGCGGGCUCUGAGUCAAUUGGCACGACAGCGGGCACCGGAUCAGGUACCGGAUCAUCUGGAUCAACAGCGUGCAUCGAGUCAACUG